CUGGGAAGGUCAGCGUGGGGGGAGCGGGCCGGGGGGCGCAGGAAGCCACGCAGGGCCGAUGGUUGCUGAUAUCCGGCCUCAGUCUUCAGAGGAAGAGACAUGGGCGCAAUGAGGAAGUCCCGGCCCCGGGGCCCCAGCUCUGCGGCCAGGUGGCUGCUCUUGAGGACUCGGGGGCCACAGGAAGUGCCGAGGCAGCCGAGGCGGGGAGGCCGGGCCCUGGGGCAGGGGAGGCCGCUCCACACAGAGGGACAUGGAGAAGCCGGGCUGGGAGGAAGCCGCCUCCCUGCGAGCCCAGCCCGGGCUGCCCCUUUAUGGAACAGCCGGCUCCCCGGGGGGCCCGCAGCCGGAGGGGCCCCCGGGCAUCCCCCGCUCCCGGGCCUAUGGGGCUGUGGCUGUGCUCUGCUACAUCAACCUGCUCAACUACAUGAACUGGUCCAUCAUCCCAGGGGUGCUGCUGGACAUUCAGAAGCAUUUCCACAUCAGAGACUCAGAAGCGGGCUUGCUGCAGACAGUGUUCAUCCUGGGCCUGCUCCUGGCCGCUCCCGCCUUCGGCUACCUCGGGGACCGCUACAGCCGGAAAGCCAUUCUGAGCAUCGGGAUCGUCCUCUGGUCUAGCUGCAGCCUGGGCAGCUUCCUGGGGCUUUGGGGUUUGGGAGACCGGAGUGCAGAAGAAUCAGUGGUGCUUUCUGUGAUGGGAGAGGGGCUGGGCAGGGGGACUGGGCUGGGGCUGGGCUGGGGUGGGGUGCGGGGCGGCUCUGUGGCUGCUGGACAUCAGCCUUCUCCUGGCUCUCCCGGCUCUCCCAGGACAGGGACCAGAGCCCUCGUUUGGGCUCUGUUGGGGGGGGGAUGCCCUCCCUGCCUCUUGUUUCUCCUGCCUGGGAUUAACGGUGAGUCCCAUUUUACAGACAGGAAAGCUGGGUUUCUGGGAAGUCACUUGCUCAGAUCCCACAGGAAGCCUCAGCGCUGGCUCUGGGGACUGCUCUCUUCCUGCGGGCCCCAGGGGGCCCCCAACACCUGCGGGGGCCACGUCCUGUCCUCCCCUAACAGAGGCUCCCGUGCUCCUCCCCUCAGCCUGAUUUUUGGGGCGCUGACGGUCGGGACGGGAUUCGUCGGGGUCCUCCUGGGUGCCGAGAUAGCGAGAAGGUUCAAGAAGCUCACCCCGACGGCGGAGCCCCUGGUGUGCGCGGGGAGCCUGCUGGCCGCCGCGCCCUGCCUCUUCCUGUCCGUCACCCUGGCCCAGCGGACCCUCCUGGAGGCUUACACCUUCCUCGCCCUUGGGGAGCUCCUUCUCUCUUUCAACUGGGCCAUUGUCACCGACAUCCUGCUGUCCGUGGUCGCCCCCAGCCGGCGAGGGACGGCAGGAGCCCUGCAGAUCUCCGUGAGCCACAUCCUGGGAGACGCCGGCAGCCCCUACAUCACGGGACUGGUGGCCAGCGCCCUCCAGGAAGUGCAUGGGGACUCCUUCCUGGGGCUGUUCCGCAGUCUGCAGUCCAGCUUCUUCAUCUGCGCCUUCGUGGGCGCACUGGGCGGGGGCUGCUUCCUGGUGACCGCCCUGCACAUGGAGCGUGACCGGCCUUGGGCCCCAGCCGCCCAAGAGGCCCAGGAGCCCCCAGCGUGACGAUCUCGGCCCCUGUGGCCUUCACUCCUCUCUGGCCCCUGCCCGACCAGACCCUCCGAGACCCUCCGAGACCCACCGAGUGAGGAGCGAGCUGGCCGGGAGCUGUCCUCGGAGCUGACUGGCCAGGGCCCGUUGGGGGCUGGAGGGACAGGGGGGCCUGGAGAGCUCUUUCUUCCAGCCCCGGGCAGCCCCUGGCGGGGCCUGUCCCGGAUUCAGGAGACCACGGGGCCCGGAGCCCUUGAGAGAUAAUAAAAAGGCAGCUUCAGUUCUGAGUGGGCCUCGCUGGGGGGGCGGGGGGCGUGGGGACCCCAGCGAGCGCCCCCAGGCUUCCUCGCUUGGUUGUGAGCUCGUUGCGGCCUCCGCAGCCCUGGGAGUAGGUGGGA